UUUGUUGGUAAUUCGUCUUUAUUCGAAAAGUUACGGUUUGGAACACGGCAUUAAAGACGGAACGGAAGUAGGGAGCAGGAUUAGGGCACAAGCGCGCGGAUUGGGACACAGCCCCAAAUCAGUCAUCCGAGUAAAGAGGAAGUAAAACGUCGGAGUUCAGAGACGAUGAAGAUGAAGAUUACUGAUGGACACUGAGCACCAUGGAGGACUCGUCCAAAGAGGAAUACAAGAUCCAGUCCUUCGACCCGGAGACACAGAAACUGCUUAGAACAGCUCUUAAAGAUCCAGGGUCGGUGGAUUUGGAGAUGGUGUGUAACAUCAUCGUGGACCAGUCUUUGAAGGAUCAGGUGUUCAGCAAAGAGGCCGGACGCAUGUCUUUCACCAUCAUCCAGACGGAGGCGAAGCAGAACAGCAGCAGCGUGUUCCGGCGUCACCUCCUGAACCGACUGCAGCAGGAGUUCAAGAGUCGAGAGGAGACGAGGAUGAGGUCCACUCAGGAGUGGGUGUGCUACGUCUCCUUUAUCUGCAACAUCUUCGACUACCUCAAGGUGAACGACAUGCCGAUGAUGGCUCUGGUUCACCCGGUCUACGACUGCCUGAUGAGACUCGCCCAGCCGGACGCUCUUAAAAACGAAGAGGAGGUGGACUGCCUGGUGCUGCAGCUGCAUCGUAUCGGUGAUCAGCUGGAGAAGGUGAACACCGAGCGCAUGGACGAGCUCUUCUUCCUGUUGCGUGACGGCUUCCUGCUGCAGCCCGGCCUUAGCUCGCUCUCUCGACUCCUCCUGCUCGAGAUCCUCGAGUUCCGCGCCGGAGACUGGAGCCUCAGCGACACGGCACAAAAUUACUACUACAGUGAGGUGCACGACUGAUUCCUGACUUGCACCUCGGCCAAUCAGAAGCGAGAAGCAGACAUUAGACUGUUUCUCCAGACCGUUCAGAACUGUGUGUUACAAUCAGACAGGAAGUGAACAAGUGCCUUUACGAGACCUUUAACCCUUGGGUCCAUUACUCUGAGUGUUAGGGAUUGAUGAUUGAGGUGUGUGUGUGUGUGUGUGUGUGUGUGUGUGUGUGAUGAAUUCAUGGAGAACAACACAAUCAUGUAGCUGUGAGUAAAACUUAUCUUAAAGCACAAGGAUUCACCAUGAUUUCAAUUCCACACUUCCUACGACUUGUCUCUUGACUUGAACUUUGGAUUUGAUUGGAGUAGAAGUCGAGUGCCUUUGAUUUGACAUGAACGUGACUUUUGAGACUUUUGAUGUGUCUUUGCUUAAACUAGCAAUCUUUUGUACUUAUUUGAGUAGCAGCCGUACGACUUCAAACUUGACUUUGCACUCGAUUUGAGUAGUAUUCCAGGCAAUUUGACUCUAUCGGGGGAGACACUGAGACACUUUGACUUUGACUAUGAGCUUGACAUGGACGUGAAUUUUGAGUAAUAGUUUAGGACUUGAUGAUUCGAGUAAUAGACGUUGGACUUGAUGUGCCUCUGAUUUGAGUUGCAGCCUUAGAAUUUAUGAACGAUGAUACCUUGUAUCUUACAUAUAUUGAAGGUGGUGACUCUGUGGUUAAGACUUUGGAUUGGAAGGUCACGGCUCAGCUCAGUGCUCUGGAUAAGUGACUUUAGUGACGUUGACGACAAUGCUGGCGUAUGUAGACCCUCGAGACUUUAUUAUUUAAACCUGGAUCAGAUCCUCCAGGAUCCGGAUCUCCAGCACGGUGCUAAUGUAACGACCCAAACAGAACGACGCUGUGAUGUUAAGGGGGAGGGGUUUAAUCAACACGUUCUGAUCUUACUGAGGUUUUUUUUGUGUGUUGGCUGAUAAAAACUAUACAGCGUUUAUAAUGACAUUCAAAGGUUUUUUAUGCAGGAAAUACACACCAGCCUGAGUGCAGGACACAUCUGGACCACAUCACCUCAGGGUUUGGGUGAGAUGAUUAGCGAAAAGUUGUAAAGAUUUGCCUUUAAACUCCAAUAAAGAGCUACAAUUUGAA